AUGUCGCAAACGCAAAGUGACGAGGGCCGACCCAUCUGUGGGCCAUGCAGCAAAGCAGGGAGAUAUUGUGGCCGCUUCGGUCGAUCUUCACUCUCCUCAACCGAUCCCCGGACGUCAUCCAAAACGAAGCACCGCCGCAAGGGACACGAUGCUGCUCACUCAUCCGAACCAUGUGUCUCACUUUCCCCGCGAGAGGCAGUCAAAGAUGCGGCCAUUGCAUGGCAUGUCCACCACUAUGUCUCUGAGCUCGCGGCAUGGUACGACCUGGGCGAUUCGCGGCGCCGUUUCGCAACUACCAUUGCUGAACUUGCGCUCGAUGAAUCACUGCUGUUUAGCGCAUUGGUCGCGCUGUCGGCUAUGCAUGUGAGCCAGACGACAGCAAAGACGGCGCGUAGAACAGCCGAGGCCUAUCAUGGGAGUUGCAUACGGCAGUUGAUUAGUCUAGAUGAUAAUAGUGUUCUUUUGGACAAUGGUGUUGCCCUGGCUGCGGCGUGUCUACUCCAGGACGUUGAUCCCAACAGGCACUUGCAGGGCGCAUAUUCAUUUGCGUCUAGAGAAGUGUCGCUGUUACAGAAUAACCCAGAGAGUCUGGUGGCCGCUGGAUUUUGGAAUUAUCUCCGCGAGGACAUUACCUUUAGUUUGUUUCAAGGGUGCUCAUUGAAGAUCGAUCUGUCGUCAUUUGACAUUGAAAGGAUGUUAGCAACGCAAGAGAGACUAAACUCGAUGUCUGUUAUCCUAGGCAAGCUAAUCAAUGCUUCCUUUGGGCGUGAGAUAUCCAAAGAGGAGUGGCUUUCGACACAAGACGCAACCAAACUCUGGUAUCAACAACUUCCAGCUCCUCAGAAACCAUUCUCACGAUCAACACACGCAGAAAGCAAUCCAGAACCAUUUCCCAGAGUGUGGUUUCUACACGACUCACAUGCAUCAGCAAUGCACUACUUCUUAACAGUGUCAAGUAUCCUCGCAGUCACUGCUUCGCCAGCGCAGCUUCCUCUCCUCCACAUACCAGGCAGAGGCAACGAGGUUGGGGAAUCGGUGCCCUCAGCAGGGUUAAACCAAGUCGAUGUUCUAGACUGUUAUGCAUCCGAGAUUUGUGGUAUUGCGUUCACGACAAAAAUCCCAUCCGUACUAGUCAAUGCUUUUGGUCCCAUAUCCUACUGCGCCAAGUAUCUGCGGCGAGAAGAUUCCCGCGAUGAGCUUGUGCGAAACUUGACCGCUUGUAAAAAGGUUAUUGGCUGGCCCAUUGACCGGUUGAUUCAAGACUUGAAACGGUCCUGGGGUUGA